GUUAGUUUAUACUAGCUAGCUACACCAAGAAGCGUUCAAACUUCCGGAAGGUUGGCUACAGCAUCCUUACUUUAGGGGGGCUUUUUGGACAUUUCUUGCUUGCAAAGAAGAGGAACUGUGGAAGCGAUGGCAGAUUGGAAGUCACCAGUGAGCUACAAUCCAUCCUACCAUGCUUUUUCCUAUGGUCUCAUGUACCAAACAGGGCCUGAGCAUAAUCAUCCCAACAUCUCAGGCUGGGCAGAGGCCGUUCCCAACUCUGGGGUCAGCGGCGGCUACCACCAGCAAGCGCCGCAUCAAUCCCCACCCAGGAAUCCCCAACACAACAUUGGUAAUGGCAAUUCCCACCACCCAGGUCCUGCCAUGUAUCUCGGCGACCCUCAGAGCCAUACUCCAAGUGGAGGCAUUUUCAUUCCCCACAACCGGACUCCGUUUGAUCAACCACCGAAGGAGAUCGAGCAGCCAGGUAACUACACUCAAAGAGAUCCAGUGUUGCACAGAUCACCAGAUUCUUGGACUUCGGAUAAAAUCUAUCCUCAAACCAACCCUGCCACCUGGGUGAAAAGGGAGUUGGAAGAGGAGAUGGAAAGUGGAAGGCCAAAUGGUAGUGAGCUUGUCUCCAGCUCCUAUCCAGAGAACACAAGCGUACAAAUUCUGGGGAGUGAGGACAACGCCCCACCGGAGAAAGAGGACAAGGACACCCCCAAACAAAAAGCUCGGACUGCUUUUUCAACAGGCCAGAUGGAUGCCCUGACCCAUCGGUUUAACAUGCAGAGGUACCUAUCCCCUGCUGAGAUGAAGGCCCUGGCUGGACUGACGGGGCUAACUUACAAACAGGUAAAAACUUGGUUCCAGAAUCGCAGGAUGAAACUGAAAAGGCACCAGAAAGACAACGGUUGGGAAUCUGCUGGGUAUCCAAACCCUGGCUACCCUAACAUGCCACCACGCCCUCAGUUAUUGCUCCAGAGCCGCCAGCAGAACCUGCCUUACUCCACCGGUGGAUACCCUCAGCCAUCCCCCUCUCCCACCCAGGCCACUGCGAGGCCCCUGGGCAACUGGCCCCUGCCACCAGCCAUGCCCCACUAAUGGCUUCUACAGCACAGCAAGGGGCUACAACAUGGACAGUGUAAAACACGACUCCAGCAUCACGACGACAGGAGCCCUACUCAUACCAACAGCUCCAUACGACCCUGUUUCACAAUGCUAGCCAAUAAUACACAGGGGAAUGUCUUAGUGGUAAAUCGACUGUUUUCCAAAUGUGUGGUUGUUUGGAAGGAUUCUUAUAAUUAAGGUUGAGAUUCAGACACAGGUUAUUCUCAAAUAAUGCUGUUUGGAAGGAUUCUUAUAAUUAAGGUUGAGAUUCAGACACAGGUUAUUCUCAAAUAAUGCUGUUUGGAAGGAUUCUUAUAAUUAAGGUUGAGAUUCAGACACAGGUUAUUCUCAAAUAAUGCUGUUUGGAAGGAUUCUUAUAAUUAAGGUUGAGAUUCAGACACAGGUUAUUCUCAAAUAAUGCUGUUUGGAAGGAUUCUUAUAAUUAAGGUUGAGAUUCAGACACAGGUUAUUCUCAAAUAAUGCUGUUUGGAAGGAUUCUUAUAAUUAAGGUUGAGAUUCAGA